AUGGCCACGCUCCGACACGAAUUCUACGAGUCCGACGAGCGAUUGACGCUCUCCAUCUUCGACAAGGGCGCCGACCCCGACAAAGUCCAGGUCGCGUUCGAACCCCGCAAAGUCACGUACACGCAUGGCGACAAGUCGCUCGUGCUCGAGCCGCUGAAAGGCCAGAUCGACCCCGCGAAGAGCGAUUACACCGUCGGCAAGGUCAAGGUCGAGGUCCGCCUCGCGAAGAUGGCCUUCGGUCGCUGGGGCGGCAUCACAGGCGACGCACCUGAUCCCCUCGCCAACUCUUCGGCGCCGACGCCCACGGCCGCGGUCGCCGCCGCGCGGCAGCAGCGCAAGAAUUGGGACGCGCUCACGACGCAGAUCCUCGAGUCGGAGAAGGAAAAAUCGUCGACGGAGGACCCGAACGUGGGCGGGGACGCGUCCGUGAACAACUUCUUCCAGCAGCUGUACGGCAACGCGGACGAGGACACGAAGCGGGCCAUGCUCAAGUCGUACACCGAGUCGGGCGGGACCACGCUCAGCACCAACUGGUCCGAGGUCGGCAAGGGCAAGGUCGAGGUCAAGCCGCCGGAGGGCAGCGAGUGGAAGAAGUGGGGCGUGUAG